AUGAUCAUGAUGGGCAACGAUUCGGUAUUGAUUGAUACUCUUCUCCGCCAGCUAUCAACAGCCUUUAAGAUUCGUGACCUCGGGGUACCCCACUUUUUCUUAGGGAUUGAAAUGGUGCCUUCUGGUGCUGGGCUUAUCUUAUCUCAGCGGCGGUAUAUGAAAGAUAUACUCACGAGGUCGGGAAUGACGGACUGUAAGGCUCUAGCUACUCCGGCAGCAGUAACACAACCGGCCACGCCCUCCUUAACACCUUUUGAGAACCCGACUCAGUAUCGACGGAUUGUAGGGGCUCUCCAGUAUCUAACCAUUACCAGGCCUGAUCUCUCCUACUCGGUAAACAGGUUGUGUCAGUUCAUGCAUUCUCCUACGAACGACCACUGGGCUCUACUCAAGCGAGUGUUGCGGUACAUUAAGGGCACUCAAGACUACGGGCUUCGUCUAUCAGUGUCAUCCUCUUCCGAUCUUCAUGCUUUCACUGACUCGGAUUGGGCCGGAUGUCCCGUCGAUCGCAAGUCUACUAGUGGCUAUGCUGUGUUCUUAGGUGACAAUCUUGUUUCAUGGGUCUCCCGCAAGCAGCGUACUGUCGCCAGAUCUUCCACAGAGGCCGAGUACAAGGGGCUUGCUGAUGUUGCUGCCGAGGUCACUUGGGUUGUCUCGUUACUCCGUGAACUAGGGUUACAUUCUGGCUCACCAACCACUCUAUGGUGUGACAACCUAGGCGCCACUUACCUAGCUGCAAAUCCAGUUUUUCAUGCCCGCACAAAGCAUGUUGAGAUCGAUUAUCACUUCGUCCGGGACAAGGUCGCUUCUGGGGAAUUCAUUGUCAGUUUUGUCUCAACUAAAGAUCAGCUCGCCGACAUCUUCACUAAACCACUACCAGCUCCGCGUUAUCAGGCUCUGCGGGACAAGCUCAAUUUUAGGGAUGCGUGUUAUGAAUAUGGAUUAUUAGAUGAUGAAAAUGAGUACAUUGAUGGCAUUACUAACUCGAGUUACUGGGCAUCUGUGUAUGCUUUGCAACGGUUGUUUGCUACGCUUCUCACUUCAAGUUCAAUCAGUAGGCCAGAGGUGGUGUGA